GCGAGUGGCGAGUCAGUCUGCCGGCGGCGUCGGACCGGAGUGUACGUGUGCCGCGAGUGAGUGCCGAGUGACAUGCCCGCCCGCGCCGUGGCCCUGCUCGCCACCGCGGCCCUGGCCCUAGCGGCCGCCCCGCCCGACCCCUGCUAUGAGGACACUCGGCCUCGUCGGUGCAUUCCUGACUUCGUCAAUGCCGCCUUCGGGAAUCCGGUCGUCGCUUCCUCCAUAUGCGGAAGACGAGGGCCCGAAAAACUCUGCGACCCUCCCGGGGAUCAGAACCCUGAGAACUCAUGCAGGGUCUGUGAUGCCACUCGCCAAGAUAAACGGAAUCCCCCCGCUCAUUUGACCGAUCUGAACAAUCCCCACGACGUAACCUGCUGGAGAUCAGCCGCUCUUCCUCCCGCCACCUACGACUCUCCCCCUGAUAACGUUUCCCUCACUCUGUCCCUUGGGAAGAAGUACGAGCUGACCUAUGUCAGCUUGCAGUUCUGCCCGAAAGCUGCGAGACCUGACUCCGUGGCCAUCUACAAGAGCGCCGACUAUGGUGUCACUUGGCAGCCAUUUCAAUUCUAUUCUAGCCAAUGUAGACGAGUCUACGGACGGCCGAAUAAAGCCACGGUGACCGCUGCUAACGAACAAGAAGCUAGAUGUUCCGAUUCUCAUAGAUUGGCCGGUGAGAGUUCAGGGGGUGCGAGAUUGGCCUUCAGUACAUUGGAGGGUCGCCCCAGCGCCGCCAACUUUGACAUAUCUCCGGUGCUGCAAGACUGGGUUACGGCGACCGAUGUAAGAGUCGUGUUUAACCGACUGCACAUGGUGAACGAGGGUGAUGAGGUCGACAGUAAAAAGCAGUCGGCCGCUGGAAGCCAGCACUAUGCGGUCUCCGACUUCGCUGUCGGCGGGAGGUGCAAGUGCAAUGGACACGCGUCCAGGUGCAUCCCUUCCAAGGACGAGGGUCAGGGGACUCAGCUGGCCUGCGACUGUAAACACAACACCGCAGGAAGAGACUGCGAGAGGUGCAAGCCGUUCCACUUCGACCGGCCGUGGGGGCGAGCGACGGCCCGCGACGCUAACGAAUGCAAAGAAUGCAACUGCAAUGGUCACGCGCGACGCUGCCGCUUCAACAUGGAGUUAUACAAGUUAUCAGGUCGAGCGAGCGGUGGGGUCUGUCUCAAGUGUCGACAUUACACAGCGGGUCGACACUGCCACUACUGUCGCGAGGGUUACUACAGAGACCCCACUAAACCCAUCACUCACAAGAAGGCUUGCAAACCUUGUGACUGUCACCCGGUGGGCGCCAGCGGUAAGACCUGUAACCAGACGAGCGGCCAGUGUCCCUGCAAGGAUGGCGUCACAGGAACCACCUGCAACCGCUGUGCCAAGGGGUACCAGCAGUCUAGGAGCCACAUUGCACCUUGCAUACGUAUACCUCGCGUGGUGACUGCGGUACAGGCUAUGGAGGCUGUGGACUCGGAGCCCGGCCGCGCGGAGCAGUGCGGGCGAUGCCGCGCCGGCGCACGCACGCUAAAUCUGAACAAGUUCUGCAGCCGAGACUACGUCAUAAUGGGGCGCGUGACGGGUCGCGAGGGGGGCGGCGGCGGAUGGGCCCGCCUGGCUCUGUCCGUUCAGGCCGUGUACAAGCGCGGUCCGCGAAGUCGCCUGCGCCGCGGAGGCCUACCCCUCUACGUUCGCGCCGGAGACCUGGCCUGCCGGUGCCCCAAGAUCAAGAUCAAUAAGUCCUAUUUAAUCCUAGGAGUGGAAAAAGAAGGUGCAUCGUCUGGUUUGCCGGGACUGACGGUAGGGGAUAGAACAUUAAUACUAGAAUGGCGAGACGAUUGGCACAGACGCAUCCGACGCCUGCAGCGGCGAGCGAUCAACUGCCAUUAGUCGACAUCUUGGAAGGAAGCGAAGCAAAGGACGCGCGUGAUACAGCCGACGCUAUGGCCUAUUUCAAAGGAGUUUGUAUUCCGUCUAUGUUCCGUGCAUUUGAAAAAAUUACUGCCAUUAUAACAAUAGUUUUGACUAGUCGAUUAAGGAUAUGUCUGUCCGUAUGAAAUUGCGUAGUUUUUUUUCUAUUUGUUAGGGAUGCAAUAUCGACCCACUUUCAUUGUAUCGAUUUUUAAAUUCAAUUUCAUUGUUGUUACUUAAUUUCUUCCUCCCUAGGAUUUCGUUAUGCGUGUACUUUUAACAACAAAGCAAAUAUCACCGAAUGGAUCUAUUUAAAUUAUUUAUAUUUAAUCUUUGUUGUUAACAGUACUCUAUUUUAAUUUGAUAAGAUUAUUUAUUCUAAUAAUUAGAUGCUAGAGCUGACAAAAGUUUCGUUCCAUUUUAUGCAUUUUAUGUAAAAUUGUUAUUUUAUAUAAAAAUGUGUGUUGAAAUUGUUUUUUAGUACUGGCAACAUAUAUCAUGUAACAAAAUGGACGCGUUCGUAUUUACGCGCUCUCUUGAUAAAUGAUAUUAUUUUUUAUUGUAUAAUAUAGUUUUAGAUCAUUUUGAUAAUGUCUCCACAAAGCAUAGUCAUAAUGUUUUAAUGUACCUCAUUUAUUAAGAAAACAUAGUUAGGAGUUACUACCUAUUAUUUAAUAACUCUUUUUGACUUAUAACAAUAACGAAUUUUUUUUUUCUAUGACGUUCUCUUGCCAAAGUGACUAUUUGACUUCGAAGUAUUUCUAUAAAAUAAUAAUAAUAUCAAAAUAGUAUCCUUCUUUCACAACCUAACAAAAGGUAUGUACAGUAUUAUUAGCUUUACUAAAAAUAUUUUUUAAACUUAAGUAUAACAUUGCCGGAAUGUACAGACGUGGGUAAAGGUGAACGUAUAAGAAAACAAUCCCCAGCUACACUCGAGUAAUCAUGUUCAAUUGAGCCGUCAAAAUUAUAGGUUCGUGUACGGUUAGCAGCACAAUGAAACAAAUCAUUCGACAAUCCGAAUCCAUUGUGCCGCAAAUAGCUGUCGGACAAACAAAUAUGGCGGUAAUUGUACCGUGGGCAGAAUGUACGAGAACACUUAUCAAUCGUUUGUACUUUUUGGAAAUGUUUGAAAAAAAAAUAAUCGUCUAGAUAAAGUAUUUAAAAGUUAGAGAUCGCUUGAUUGUAUUGCGGAUUGUAAAAAGUGUAUUUAGAUGUAGAAUCUAUUAUCUAUUAACCUGUUUCUAGUUAUGCAUAUCUUUAGAUUACGUAAUGUCCCGUUCAAAGUUUUAUCGAAUCUCGGGGCGUUCGGGAUGACUAAGGCUAAAAUAAUGAAUGUAUUCAAUAUAAGUAUCUGAAUGUAAAAUUUUUAUAUAUAUAUAUAUAUAUUUUAAAAUUUCUUUAUAUAUGUCGUCAUCAAAACUAUUAGGGCUUACGCACAAAUACUGCUAACCCAAUAUUCGGAUUCAUUUCACUCAGAAAAUUAUUUAGGCUAUACUUAUUUAUUAUAAGGAAUGUCAAUUGAAAGCGGCAUCAAACACGAAAGAACCAAAGACAAGUUUUGUUAUAAAACCAUUGUCUAUGGUCAUCGUGUCGUAUUUGCGAUCAAAUUGUGUUUAUGGUACCCUGCUCCUGUGAUGUAAUAAAUGUUAUUGGUUAUAUUUAUUUAAAAUAAAAGUACAUUAAUAUACGGAA